AGAAGAGAUUUAAAACUAUGAAAAAGAUUUGUUGAUUUUUUUAAAAAAAUAUAUUAUUUUACUCACGUGAAGAAUUUAAAAGGAGAUUUUUAAAAAUGACCCCAGCAAAACAAAAAAAAACAAAAACAAAAAAGACUUGAAAUUAGUAAAAUGACUUAAAAAGAUUAUUUGCAGUAAUAAAGUAAACAUGUCCUUCUUUUAUAAAGUAUUAUCUCAGUUAAAAGACGUUUUUACCUGUUUUUCUGGAUUUUGUUAAAAAAAAAAAUUGACGCAUGCGUACUAGAGGCUCCAGUCGCUUCACUUCCUGGUUUGAGUCGAGUCUUGUUGUCACGGACUGAAACUAAAACUAAAGAAUUCACUCUUCGGCUUCACGUGAGACGCUGCGAGCAAGCGAUUAUAGCGGGCGCGUGCGUCUCCGUGUGUUUUCUCACUUGGCUCGUUCCGCAGCUCAAAAACACGCACGCGAGACUUCCGACGAAGAUGUCCCCGGCCGCGGGCAUCCACGCGCAGCUCGCCUCCAUCAUGGAGGUCCUCGCGAACGCGGCCGUGGCGGAGAUCUGCGAGCUCGUGGACAGCGGCUACUCGGUGCUGCAGCUGGAGAUCACGCGGAGUCGCAAAGAGAACGAGGCGCUGCGGCGGAAGCUGCGGCUCGUGGAGCUGAGAGCCGCACGCGCGACCGCACUGCGAGCGGCCGUGGCCACCGCGAGCGGCGCCGCACUGCUGCACGCGAGCGGCCGCGCGCGUGCUCAGGUGUUCGCGGGCAACCAGAUGAGGCGGAGCGGAGCAGCAGGUGAAGCAGCUCUGUCCAGAUCGUCCAAUCAGGAGCCAGCUUCCGACUCCGGACAGGAACCGACGAAGAGGAGGUCUGCGGGUGAAACGAGUGCAGUCAUCAAGGUGGAGGACGAGGACGAGGACGAGGACGAGUCCUGGUCCCGGUCGGAGCCUGAAAGUUUUUGUCGGGUUGUUGAAGGACGGAAAGACUUGUCUCCAUCGCGCCGGGUGAAACAGGAAGCAGCAGCAGCAGCAGCUCCGCUCAGCUCCACGUCCACGUCCACGUCCACGUCCACGUCCACGUCCACGUCGGGACAGAAGACGCCGGCAGCGACAGCGAAGCCGAGACCUGAACCCAGUCUGGUGUUUGAGCUGCCGAGUCCUGUGGGUUCAGAUCCCAGCUGCUCGUCGGCGCUGAACCAAACCGUCUCUGGCGACUCAGGCGGCGGCGGCGGGUUCGUCCUCGCCGAGGGGACUCUACAGAGGACGCCGCUGCUCGGGGGUCCCGCCCCCGGGGGACAGUGGAGACACCAGGACGGGGGCGGCAGGGACGACUCCGCGGGGAAGACGUUCGUCUGCAGCCACUGUGGGAAAACGCUGGCGUGUCUGAAGAACCUGAAAACCCACAUGAGGGUCCACACGGGGGAGAAGCCGUUCGGCUGCUCGCUCUGCGGGAAGCGAUUCUCCGACCCCAGCAACCUCAAACGCCACCAGAGCGUCCACACGGGCGAGAAGCGCUACGGCUGCGUCCACUGCGGGAAACGCUUCGCCCAGUCCGGCUCGCUCAAGGUCCACAUGAGCGUCCACACGGACUGCAAAGAGUUCAGGUGUCCCUGCUGCAGCAAGACGUUCAUAUCCGUCAGUCACCUGAGGAGACACGUCUCCGUCCACGGGGGACAGAGGACGGGGGGCGUUUAAUUUAACGUCCUCUCCACGUUUGAGGAGACACGUCUCUGUCCACGGAGGACAGUGAUGACUUCAUGUCCUCUCCACGUUUGAGGAGACACGUCUCUGUCCAC